AUGACAUCAUGUGUCUUCUUCCAGUAUCGCACUUACCAGGUGAGGGCAGGCCGAGGUGGACAGCCUAUGGCAUUCCUACUGUGUGACACCAUGGGACUGGAAGCAAGGCAGGAUGAAGGGGUGAAAACUGAAGAUAUAGUGAGCAUCCUGAAGGGCUACGUACCAGACAAGUACCAGUUCAACCCUGUGCAGGCAAAGGUUACUGAUGGCUGUCAGACGGGCAGCCAAUUGCCACAUCAGGACAGGAUCCACUGUGUGGUGUGUGUGAUUGACAGCUCAACAUUAGGAAUUAUGCCUGGAGAUACGAAGAAGAAAGUUGAUGAAAUUCGAAAGAAAACUAGGUUACAAG